AAUUAUGCAUCUAUUGCCUAUAUAUUUGGCAGUUCUGAGUGGCUGCAUAACGACCCAAGAAGAACAGCUGUUGGGUUGGAUUUGGAUCUUGAGGCACUUUAUUGGUGCUUGGAUAACAAUAUUAGUAAGUUUGGAUAUGAUGGACACUCCAGGAUCUCUCUAUUCCAUGGGAAUGUUCUGCAUCCCCACAAGGCUCAUAUGGUGAAGCCUAAAGUUCAAGAUCUUAUAGGUGUUAUAGAUCUAAGCAACCCAAAGGAUUCUAUCGGAACUCCCCAAUCAAUUACCGAUGCCAAUCCUAGAGUUCGGGUGUGCUCUACCAUGGAGGAAACUUCGCUGCCUUCAAGAGAUGUUGUAUGUGCAUUCAAUUAUAGUUGCUGCUUUCUGCAUCAACGGGAAGACUUAGUCAAGUACUUUAAACAUGCAUUGAGUUUCUUGUCAAAGAAGGGUGGCAUAUUUGUUAUGGACUUAUACGGCGGAAUAUCCUCAGAGCGCAAGCUACGACUUCAAAGGAAAUUCUCCAACUUUACAGUGAGUAUGUUGGCACAACUUGAUAAACUAGAUUGUGGUGUUUUGGCAAACGAUGAUACAAUAACUAACCCCAUUUAAACUUAAAAGGCUACUAAUCGCUAUAAUGGCAACCCAAUCACUAAUAUAAUUGAAUGCAGUAUAUGAAUGUAGCCAAUGACAUUUUGCUACGAAAAUUCCUAACUAUUUCCUUUUUGCAAAUACCGAUACUUAAGCAUUAAUGUCUGUUGACCCGUAUCCAAGAAAAAAAAAAUCAAAAAAAAAUCAAAAUCUCACCUACCCUCUGCCGAACCACAUCGCACGACCUCCUCCCACGUCGUCGCUGUUCUUCCCACGACCUUCGCAUAAGGCUCGCACGACUCAUUCGAGUCAUUAAAUACUGAAGGAAAUGAGAGAGCAAAGCUUUCGCUGCCUCACUCCCUCUCUCUCGCAUCGACUCUCAUCUCCCGAUCCCUCUCUCGCUCUUUCUCCUCCCAGCCGGAUCAGAAGUUACAACGUUUGAUCGGAAACAACUCGGGAGCUCGCUCGAUCCUUCCUGGCUGCUCGACUUUGCUCUCUGACGACACCCCCUUCCUGUACGAAUCGGAAGUCACGACAUUUUGAGCGGAGGCGAGAACAGGAGCUCGGCGGCUGUGAAGACAACUCUCUACCUUUCGUAUGCUUCCUCGGUCCUUCGUUGCUGUUUGACGUCGCCCCCUUCGACGACUUCUCCCUACAUACAAGGAUCGGAAGUUACGCCAUUUUUGAUCGGAAGCUGCAACGGGUGCUCGCUUGCUGUGGAGGCAACCUUCUCCCUUCCGAUCGCUUCUUCUGUUCCUGCGUGGCCGGUCGACUUCGCUCCUUCUCCGACUCCUUCUGUGGCUGUUCGACUUUACUCCUUCGUCGACGUUCCCCUCCCUGAUCGGAAGCCGCACGGGA